CUUUGGGUAUUGGAAUUGGGCAAAGAAGCAAACAGGGUGGCAAAGAGACUUUUUGCUGUGCAUCCUUUGUGGUUUUUCAUUCUUGAACAAUGUAAAUUUUUUUAAAAACUUAAAGUAAUGAAUAUUAAAAUCACAAAAAUAAUCAGUAAUUAGUAGUUGUCUUUAGUCUGUGUUGAAGGAUUACUUUGUUAUAAUUUGUCCAUAUUUAUGAGGAAUGAUUGGUGUUUUUGAAGUGUUCCAGGUGUCUGCUAUCGUAAUGAAGCAGCAAGAAAAACUUACCCAACAGGACAGAGCACUGCUGACCCUCACGCAGUGGCAGAGAAACCACAGCCUCCAGAUGAAAUAUUGCCAAACCUUCAUUGAAAACUCUUUCUCAAAUGGCUAUAACUGCAGCCCUUGUCCAGACAAUUGGAUACAGAAUGGAGAAAGUUGUUACUGUGUCUUUGAAAACUGGAAAAUUUGGCACAGCAGUAAAGAGGAUUGUUUGAAAGAAGGCGCUAAUCUUCUACAAAUAGACAGCAAAGAAGAAAUGGACUUUAUCGCCGGCAGCCUGGGGAAGAUCCAAAGUGGCCGUGGUUACUGGGUGGGGCUGUCCCAGGACGGACUCAGUCAGCCGUGGCUUUGGCAAGACGGCUCCGCCCCUUCCCCUGACCUGUCGCCUUUACAGACACCCCAGUCGACUAACCAGCUACUGUGUGGGUAUCUCAAGGACAAGUUCCUCUCUCCUGCUAACUGCAGCGUUUGGAAGUAUUUUAUUUGUGAGAAGUAUGCGUUAAGAUCCUCUGUCUGAAAGAAAUUGUGCUCGAAGGGAUCUCUUACAAAGCAUUUGGAACAGGUCACUGGAAAACCCCUACUCCGAAAGGACACAGAGCAAGUGUAGAAUUAAACCAGUGCUUGAGCGAUGAAGCCGCCUACCUGGGACUCAAGACUUACUGUUGCUUUUAUACAAGGUAACGUUCGUCAAUACCUUCCAGACACUCAUUUGACAUUGUUCAGUUUGCUAAGAAUAAAACUAAUUUAGAGCUACAGAGGACAAAACCCUACAGGUUUUUGAACAAACUGAAGAAAAAUAAUUUCCAUUCUUUUUUUUCCUCUUCCUUUUUUUUAGUCUACAGAGACAAUGAAAUCCAUACAGAAAUCUGUAAAUAAUUGCCAAGGUGAUGUAGUUCUAGCUGACUGAUUCUCAAAAAAUAAAUACAUAAAUGUGGCCUUUUAAACGGGCUGUCUUGCCAUAUAACUCUGUGCAUGUUUUAGGCUUGUAGGCAUUAUAUUAUUGGGCUUGAAAGGUGGGAGGUUGGAGAUACAGGUUUUCAAACUGGAAGGAAGACAGGCUGCCGUCUGUUUCCUGUAAGAUAAACACCCUUUUCAUGGCUGUAGGAUUCUCACGGAAGGUGAACCACUAGCACUUCAGGUAAGCGGAAGGAACAGUCAGGCUGGCAGCACCAGGGUGUCUCCGUCAAGGACAGCUGCCCGUCCCACCGCUCACCAGUCAAAGGGCUCACGGCCUGGACUCAAAGUUAACACUGCAGAACCUUUAAAUGCAUCUCUCUGGGCCUCAAUUUCUUCACUGUAAAAUAAUAACAGACUUAUUUCAAAAUACUGUUUGAGGAUUAAAUCAUUAAUAUACAUAUCAUCAACCUUAUUUGUGUGUUCCAGGUAAAAAAUGACCCCUUCUCAUGUUAUGAGAAUAUUGCAAAGAUAAGUUUUAUAUGUAAAAUGUCAAGCUUUCUAGAGAGAGUAUAUGUUUUAAAGUUAAUGAAUCUUCUCAAAUAAAUAUAUAGACAAUCCGUGUCCUAAGUUUGCAGGCUCUUUGAACAUGAAUUAGCUUGUUCCCAUGAGACAGUUGAUAGGAAAGUAUCUUGUGAUCUAGAGAAAGACAAUUUCCUUCCUAAUUAUUAUUAUUGUGAUAUUACUUUUCUACCACUUAUUAUCCCCUAUUAUCCCCAGAACAUCUUACUACAAAGUAGAUUCUCAUCAAAUACUUGCUAAAGUCAAUAUAAUUUCAUUUAACUUUUCAUUUUUCAAAAGGAGUAGCUGAGCUACGUUAGAUUCUCAUCUUUCUGUCUUUAUAACAAAAAGCCCACUUCAAUCAAUGAGGUAAAAUAAACCCUAGGUCACCGAGGCAGUGUCAGUCAUUUAAAUGAACCCAGCAGUCUAUUGUAACAGGUCACCUCUGAA